CGCGCUCGGCAUGCGGCGGCGGGCGCGCGUGCGGGCGGCGUGCCGCAUCCUCGCGCUGUGCAGCCUGAGCCUGUUCCGGGCGGCUUCCUGCUGGGAGUAUCCGUGUCCGGCGAUCUGCCGUUGCUCCGAGGAAGGCGUCCGCUGCACCAGGGAGACUCAGCUGGACGCUCCGGCUCUGCCUCUGCGCGACGUCACGACGAGUCUAAGGUUCAGCUUGCUGCCCUUCGCAGAAGUCCAGAGCGAUUCUUUCAGGGCUCUACUUAACGUGUCCACAAUUGAAAUAUCCCUGAGCAACUCCAUUAGAAGAAUAAAAGGCAGGGCAUUUAUCUCUCUCCACAGCCUUUCAGAAAUAUUAAUACGGAAUAUAAAAAAUCUGGUGGCUAUAGAGAAUGGAGCUUUCACUGACCUGCCCAAACUACGAUACCUAAGCAUCUGUAACACAGGCAUAAGACACUUCCCUGAUCUUACCACCAUUGCCUCUGUAGAGUCACUCUUUAUUCUAGAGCUGGGAGACAAUAUGCACAUCAGCAGCAUUCCGUCCAAUGCUUUUCUGGGCAUGACAGAGGAGUACACAUUAAUGAACCUUAUCAGAAAUGGAUUUAAAGACAUAAAGCAUCAUGCGUUCAAUGGAACAAAGCUGGACAGACUGGUUCUAAAAGGCAACAGGUAUCUCAGCGAAAUACACGACGAAGCCUUCGAUGGAGCAGUUGGACCAAGCAUGUUAGACGUGUCUCACACUGCCCUCCACUCCCUCCCCACCCACGGGCUGCUGGAGGUGAGAGUACUGGCAGCUCAUUCUGCUCCAGCCCUGAAGACACUGCCCCCCCUGGAGAGCCUUCUCAACCUGCAGGAAGCACAGUUCACCUACUCUAGCCACUGCUGCGCCUUCCACACCUGGCACAGGAAGCAGAGCAUCGCCUUUCUGAAAACUUUUGGGAAUCUGACAGUGCCAUGUAAAAGCGACAACGUCUAUGCAGUCACAUAUGCAUCAGAAAAUAUGACGGAGGACAGCGAUGACCUUGGAGAUGAAGAACUGCAGUAUCCAGACUUUGAUAUGUGUAUAAGUACAAACCCAAUCAAGUGUACCCCAGAGCCUGAUGCCUUCAACCCAUGUGAAGACCUCUUGGGGUAUGCCUUCCUGCGCAUCAUCACAUGGCCUGUUGCUACCAUGGCCAUCUUGGGCAACCUCCUGGUCCUUGGGAUCCUGCUAACCAGCCACCGUAAGCUGACUGUCUGCCGCUUCCUCAUGAGUAAUUUGGCUUUCGCUGACCUCUGCAUAGGGGUCUACCUCCUCCUCAUUGCUGUCAUGGACCACCAAUCCCUGCGUGAAUACUACAACUACGCUAUUACCUGGCAGACUGGGGCUGGUUGUGGUGUUGCUGGAUUCCUGACCGUCUUUGCCAGUGAGCUGUCCAUUUACACACUCACUGUGAUCACUCUGGAGCGCUGGCAUACCAUAACCUAUGCCAUGCAGCUAGACCGGAAGCUAAAGCUACGGCAUGUAGCAGCCAUGAUGGCAGCAGGCUGGGCCUUCUCCUUAUUGGCUGCCCUGCUUCCUUUCCUGGGGGUCAGCAGUUACACCAAGGUGAGCAUCUGCUUGCCUAUGGACAUCGAAACCGUGGUCUCCCAGAUCUAUGUUGUUGCUGUGCUGCUCCUCAAUGUAGCUGCCUUCCUAGUCAUUUGUGGUUGCUAUGGGCAUAUCUACUGGGCUGUCCGGAAUCCACGGCUCACCACUCAGCGUGCAGAUGCCAAGAUUGCCAGGCGCAUGGCUGUGCUCAUCUUCACUGACUUUCUGUGCAUGGCACCCAUCUCCUUCUUUGCCAUCUCUGCUGCACUGCGGGUGCCACUCAUCACCUUGUCCCAUUCAAAGAUCCUGCUGGUCCUCUUCUACCCCAUCAACUCCCUCUGCAACCCCUUUCUGUACACCAUUUUUACCAAGGCCUUCCACCAGGAUGUUUGUCAGUUGCUUGACCGCUGUGGCUGGUGCCAGGAUUGGACUGAGAGAUACCGCACCAAGAGCCAGGCGCCCCCCUGUGGCCCCAAGACCAGGGCCUCCCAGAAGCCCAGCAUGUUGCACUUCUACACUUACCACAUCAAGGCCCAGGACUGGUUUCGCAACAGAAGUCCUGAAUGAAAUGGAAAUAUACCAACAUGUAGACUUGUGCUGACAAUUCAGUCCCAUGGUGCUGACUCAAUAUUGUACAUAGUGAAGCGUUCUCGUGAUCGACAUUUUUAUAAUAAAAUAGUAGUAUUGUG